AUGAUGUUGGGGAUUUGGAGGUAUCUAUUGGUGGUCUUGCUAGUGAUACAACCUGUUUUUGGGCUGGUUGAGUCCAAACACACCAACAAUUGGGCCGUUUUGGUGUCGACUUCGAGAUUUUGGUUCAACUACAGACACAUGGCAAAUGUUUUAAGCAUGUACAGAACUGUUAAAAGAUUAGGUAUUCCUGACUCUCAAAUCAUUUUAAUGCUAAGUGAUGAUGUAGCGUGCAACUCGAGGAACCUGUUCCCUGGUAGUGUUUUCAAUAACCAAGACCAUGCUAUAGAUCUCUAUGGUGAUUCUGUGGAAGUCGAUUAUAGAGGUUAUGAAGUUACGGUGGAGAAUUUCAUUCGUUUAUUAACAGAUAGAUGGUCUGAAGAUCAACCCAAAUCCAAGAGACUGUUAACUGAUGAGAAUUCAAACAUCUUUAUCUAUAUGACAGGGCAUGGAGGCGAUGAUUUCCUCAAAUUCCAAGAUGCUGAGGAGAUUGCAUCCGAAGAUUUAGCCGAUGCAUUCGAGCAAAUGUAUGAGAAGAAACGUUAUAACGAAAUUUUCUUCAUGGUUGAUACUUGUCAAGCGAAUACGAUGUAUUCGAAAUUUUAUUCUCCAAAUAUCUUAGCAGUAGGAUCAUCGGAAAUUGAUGAAAGUUCGUAUUCCCACCAUUCUGAUGUGGAAAUUGGUGUGGCUGUUAUUGAUAGGUUCACUUACUACAGUUUAGAAUUUUUGGAAGGUAUUGAAAAGGAUUCUAAUGUAACUUUACAAGACCUCUUUGAUUCUUAUACUUUUGAAAAAGUUCAUUCUCAUGCUGGUAUUAGGAGGGAUCUUUUCCAAAGAGAUCCUAAGGAUGUAUUAAUCACAGAUUUCUUUGCCAAUGUGCAAAAUGUGAUACCUGACCAAGGCAAAGAAGAAGCAAUUGCGGCGGCUGCUUCUAAAGUCAAUGAUGCAGGUGAAAAUGAUCUUUUCGGGCCUAAUGUCCUUAACUUGGCAUUGGAAAGAACUACUCGAGAGAGUAAAAAUUCUACGGACAAUGUGACUAGCAGAUGGGUACCACAUUUUACCAAGACUAGACAACUAAACGGUAACGAUUUUACAAGAGUGGUGUCCAGCGAUAAUACUUAUCCGCGUAUCAUUGCGGUUGUGACGAUAUUGUUGACAAGCGCCGUUUACUGCUUAAUCCCACGUAGUGGUACUCCAAAACCUACUACUAAGGAGCAAAGACUUCCAUACAUGUAA